AUGGCACGAGGGACUGAGCGUGGGCGAAAUCAAAGACCUACUCGUUUUGCGGAUGGCUCUAAUGCUUGGGAGCCAGCUACACCACAAGAAAAUGCUCCACCCUCAUCGGGUGAUGAUGUACCACAACAAGAACAUCCUACUGAGCCUGCAGAGGUCACUCCCGGGGAAGAAACUCCAGGAGAAUCUGAAAUUCAACUUGGGGAACAAAUUACUACAGCUCAGUUAAUGCAAGUACUGGUUCAACAACAAGUGGCUGCGAGGGAAGAUAUGAGGAGGAUACUGGAGGUGCAACAGGGACAACAACAGCAGAUCAUACAACAAAUAUUUCAGGAGCGACAGUCCCAGCAGCAACAAGGAGCUGGAAAUCAGUAUGAACGUCAAAUCAAUUUAUUAGACUUCAAAAAAUAUGCACCACCAGCAUUCUCAGGGACUUCAGAUCCUAUGGAAGCUGAAAGCUGGCUAAAAGCAAUAGAAAAAGUUUUCCAUGCUUUGAGAUAUCUUGCUGAAGAUAAGGUCACUUUUGCCACGUUUAUGUUACAAGGUGAGGCAGCCGAUUGGUGGGAGAUGAAAAUUGGAAAGUUAGGGCCAAAUGAUGUACCUUUUACAUGGGAAGAAUUUAGAAAGAUCUUCUACGAUAAGUAUUUUCCCCAGACCAAAUUUGAAGAAUUAUCAAGAUAUGCCCCUACAUUGAUAGCUGAGGAAAAUGUUCGAGCCAGAAAAUUUGAGAAUGGAUUAAGGGAUAGAAUCCAACAGUUAGUGACUGUUUUCGAGCUGCCCUCUUAUAAGGAAGUUGUCAACAAAUGCUUAAUAAUAGAAAAAGGACUCAAUGAUGCUCAUGUAGCAAGAGAGAAAAGUAUGAAGAAAAGGGGUCGAGCAAUUGAUUCUCAAGGUCAAAGUAGCAGAGCCUUCAAACCAAAGACCCCAAAAUUAAGCCAGACUGCCACUGAAG